GUGACUACAUAUAUUUAGUAUUCUGUGGUGACUACAACCUUGGUCAAGAUUUGGUUAUUUUGGUGUCUUCAAUAAAAUAACUAAAACAUAGUUUACUCCCUAUUUUGAAAACAGUGGAAUUUAGUUUUUACCCAUGGAAGGGGAACUCGCAGAAAUAAGUCAGGUUCAAUCUGGGAGUGAUUCCAGCGAUGUUAAAAUUGUUGAUGUAAUUCCUGUGCAAUUAGUUGAUGAUGAAUCGUAUACUUUCAGAGCCGUUGAGAAUCCUCAGCGGUCGAAAUAUUAUAAGCAGACGUAUCGUCGAGCUUGGGAGCAAAUGCCUGAUUUCGCUGGCUGGUUGACAGAAGUUGAAGGCGAACCAACUAGAGCUUUCUGCAUUUAUUGUCAAAAAACGCUCCAUGCACAUCGUCUCAGUUUAUUGAAACAUACUUGCACUAUUAGACACCAAAAAGCUGCUACAUUGCAUCAAACAAAAAAGAUAAAGCCGAUUAGAGCUAAAUGUAUUAACGAUGAAAAUGAUGUAAGUAAUGCAAAAGAACAAUAUAACGAAGAAGAUGAAGAAAUGGUGGAAUAUUCUGAAAUAGUAGAUGAGAGUGAUGAAAAGACAGACAAUGAUAUUUAUCAUGAACAAGUUGGAGAAGAUGAAGAGGAAACAGAGGAUACGGAGGAAAUACACCUAAUACAGGAUUCUUCACCAACAAGUUUUAAUUACCAAUUCGAUCCUCCAAUAACAACCCAAGUGAUAGAUUCUGUUAGAGGAUGUCCUGUUUCUGGUUUAGCCAUCACAUUAUAUAAGUUAAUUGAAGGAAAAUGGACCUACAUAAAUGAAGGAUAUACCAAUCAUUUAGGUCGGUUCUCAAAGUUUGUAGAAGGUUCAACUUUUACUUCUGGUCGAUAUAAACUACAUUAUGAUGUUGAUAAGUACUUUGAGUCCCAGAAGCAAUCUUCACUAUAUCCUUUCAUAGAGAUAGUAUUUGAUUGCAAGAAUUCCAAUUGUAAUUACCAUAUUCCCCUGAUUGUAAGUCCUAAUGGUUAUUCAACCUACAAGGGAUCUUUGUAGAAUAAUUUCAAUGAUAAAGAUCGAGAGCAAUAAUUGAUUUUAUACUUAAUGAUUGAAUAUGGAACAGAUACAAAUUGUGUAAUUAUGCAGUAAAUUGUUGUAUUGGGAAAAGUAAGAAUCACAUAUUGAAGGACAUCAAUGGAUGUGAAAUAUAAUUGUAAACGUCAGUUUGGUAUUCGUCCAUGAUAUACAAUAUAAUAUAAAAAUUUUUCAGGAAUGUGGACAAUGCUUUAUUUUAUUCUCACAAGUUUACUUUUGCCAACGUUUCGGAGGCGAUUUCCUCCUUCUUCAGGGCUCAAGAAUAUCAAGUGUUCGAGAAAACAGUAAUUAAGCAAUCAAAACAUUUCUGUUUUGAUUGUAAGUCCUAAUGGUUAUUCAACCUACAAGGGAUCUUUGUAGAAUCAAAACAGAAAUCAAAACAUUUCUGUUUUGAUUCUGGCGACGUUAUACCUGUUAUUAUUUAAUCCAACAAAUAAUUUAUGAAAUAUAGCUUAAUUACUGUUUUUUCGAACAUUUGAUAUUCUUGAGCCCUGAAGAAGGAGGAAAUCGCCUCCGAAACGUUGGCAAAAGUAAACUUGUGGGAAUAAAAUAGAGCAUUGUCCACAUUCCUGAAAAGUUUUUAUUUUAUAUAAUUGUAAAUGUACAUAUGAUCAAUAAAUAUUUU